GUCAGAUUUAACGGACGACGUCAAGCUUGACGCACGCGAGAGAAAGUCACUCUCGCAGGCAGACACACGGAAGCAGGCGGAAAGACCCGCAGCGAUGGGAAUCAAACUGUACUACACAACCGUCACGGCCUCGCGGACGGUGAAGUCUCAACAGGCAGAAGUGAUGCGAAUCCUUGAAAGUAAAAGCAUCCAGUACGAGCUCAUCGACAUCUCCGUGGGCCGCGAGGUGUGUGACGAAAUGAGAAGCAAAGCAGGGAACCCCACGGCAGUCCCUCCCCAGCUUUUCAACGACGACCAGUACUGUGGGGACUACGACAUGUUGUCUGAGGCAGUGGAAGCGGAUACAGUGGACCAAUUUCUGAAGCUGGCGUGAGGAGUGCAGUUUCUCAGUCUCAACCCCAUUUCCCUCCACACCCUGUGCCCUAAUGGAGGCCCUUUAUGCAGUCUCUUUCUGACCACCGGCAGCAUACACUCACUUUCAAUGCCAUACCGAAGAAUGCCAAAUAUCUAACUAACCAGAAGACACACAUUCCCCCUCCAGCACCAUUUCACUCAGUCUUAAUUUGUUUGUUCCUUUUUGAUUUCUUUCUGACCUUUUCCCCGUCUGAGAGUCUAGUGUUACUAUGUGCCGCGAUUCCACUAGGAAUCACUGGGAUGAUUGAACUUGCAGUAAUUGGGUUGAAUAAUCUUGGCCGCAGCCGCAUGAAUGCCGGAGUUCAAACUACUCCACUGGAUGACCGCGUUCAUCCAGAAUCCUCCUGAUCCUCUGCAGACCAAACGCACCAUCACCACUCAGUCUUAUCUACGUUUGUCGUCUUUUUUCUGUAGCCUUCCAGUUUCAGUGUUGUACGCGACCGCACACAAUUCUUUUUGCUUCACACGGAUGCAAAUGCUCUGGGAAGUAGCAAGGACUGAAAAGUCCUCAAACCCAUUUAAUCAUGAGACCGUAAGAUGCCUCUUUUUGGGGGGGGGGGCGUUGACAGCUUUUCGUGGUUUGGGUCCAUUGGUCACUUCAUGCAGUGUUUUGAGAAAUGUUUGGUUCUGAAGUGGAAACAAACUGAAUUAAAUUAAACCAUGUUUUAAGGUGUGGCCCCUUGAAACCGGUCCGAUCAGCGUCUCACCUGUUUUCAGCAUCUGUCCUCCGCGCUGCCAGUGGUGAAAAAAUCCAAAGGGUACAUUUAUAGGGGACAUUAUACAACAAAGAUAAAACUAGAUAAGAAGGUUCAUCAUCUACAAAGUUAAAUCACACAUUAACAGUAUUCAGGCUAUUAACCUGCUUCCACCUGAAGGUAUCCGUGUACUUUGCCAGCUUUGCCAACAGUGUGUUGAAUAAUUAUAUUCAAGACGAAUUCACAGAUUGUGCACGCUGUUGCUUUAAAGCUGCAGUGUGUAGGAUUCAGUGACAUCUAGUGGUGAGCUUUGAACGUCGCAACCUCUUAAAACCCUCCCCAUGUUUCCAGUGUGCAGCUGGAGAUCAGCGUUAGUCCGCACUUCACGACUAAUAAUAAUAACCACAUGUGGUACAAAAAUAUUCCAAUACUGACAGUUUUAGUGUUGGAACCAAACCCUCUCCUGAGGUUUGUGGCCGUGGUCACCAAUGGGCCGAAGUCAUUUAAACGCUUGGUAAUCAGGUGGAACAUUUCAGUAGUUUGCUGCUAGAUUCCAUCCCCCAGUGGAGCAGGAUGAACACAUUCGGUGCCAAUAUAUUCAUCUGUAAUGCUGGUGGAUAUCUCCUUAGUGUUACCUUCCACGUAUUCCAUGGCCCCUUUAAGGAGGGUGCUCCUUAUCACUCAUAUUCAUAUGGUUUUCAAACGAUGAGCCUCAAAAGUGGAUCUUCCAGCCUUCAACCACGUAGCCCAUCAUUUCCUCCACUUUAUUCAAGGUUUUCCGUUUCACAGAUGCGGUCAUGUGACCACCGUACAGUGAAGCCCCGCCUCGCUAUGAGCACAGACACAAAGGUCAAAGCCGGAGUGGUUUUUAGUUGACCCGACUCAGUCUUACCAGCUUUAGGGAGAACUCCCCACAUGGGAAAAGGGAAGGUUUUCCUUAUUGGCUCUUUUAUGUGUGCACAUUCGUUGUUUUUUUUCUACAUGGGUCCUUCGCUGACUUGUAACAUCUGUCAGCCCCCCCGGACCUCCUUCACCCGUCUCGUCAAACUCGUGUCGUUACAGUUUGGGAUCGCCGGUAGAGACAGCCUUCACACACAAUGUCUGUGCAGUGGUUUGUAAGUCAAUGGUUGUAGAAGUGUUUGCCUGUUAUUGAUGUGUACUCACUAUGAAUCUAUCACUAUGACAUUCCAUUUCUCUCUCUCUCUGAGCUUUUGCUUUUGGACCAAUUCCUCUUGGCCAAAAAAAAGAGAAUCGGGACUAAAACGCUGUUGUCUUCCAAGAAGAUUGUGAAAAAAAAGAUUUAUGGGUGAUAAAUGGAGUUGAAUCUA